AUGCUAUCAAAUCCAUCCUUUCCCCUCCUUAAACUUCCACUUGUUGUGCUGAGACGAAUAUGUGCCAAUUGGGUUCCAAUCGAUUUGCUUGUAUUAUCAAAUGUCUCAAAGCGAACAAUGCUGCGACUUCAUUCAGUGAUUCCCAGGAAACGAUUUAAACUGAAAGUAUUGUUUUGGAUGAAUUCAAGAGCUUUCGUACUUGAUGGAACGACGGAGCAUGUGAUCGAUAUUCCAUUUGAGCAGAGAAAUCGAAUUAACUGGAAGGAUGACAUUUAUUUUUUGGAUUUCAUUUUCGAAGACAUCAGCAUUCGUAAUAUUAUAUCGAUGUUCGACCAAAUGUCUUAUGUCUUCAACACAGAUAUUCAUAGCAUAAGCAUGAAUGCUAACCAGUGCUCUGGAAAAGUAUCGAGAAUACUGUGCUGGUUGAACUACCGUCAAAAAUCAAUUGAUGAUGUAAAAAUAGAUUUUAACACGCGAGAAGAUAUUGCUGAUAUUAUUUCACUUUGUCAGACUUUGAAUAUUAAGAAAAACCUUGAUAUAGCAAAUUUUUUCGAAUCUCACAAAGGGAAAAAGCUAAAUCCUAAAUAUGAAAUGGAUAACUUAUGGCUGCAUGCCUACAAUUUAGACCAGUGGAUCACGUUGGAUAACAUAAUGGAUUUCGAUUGCAUUCAUAUGAAUUUGACAUCAUUCUCAUUCACAUCAUCUGAUAUGAAUAGAUAUUUGAAAGCAUGGAUAAAUGGAUGUAAUUUUCGAAUGAAGUAUCUUUCUUUGGGUCUCAGACCUUUAGAUCUCAAGGUACUCACUGAUGGAAUAGAGGUAGAGGAAGUAAAUGCUUCCAUUGUGAGAAGUUAUAAUAGCAAAAUUCUCCGAGGACCUUGCGUGUUCGAGGAUGGAACAAACAUACGUAGUAAAGAUGGGAGACGAGCAACAUUCAAACAAAUAACAAAUAAUGAUUAUCUCGAUUCAAAACGAUGUUCCCCGUUCAAAAUGAUGGUGUGGUUGGAGGAUGGUCAAUAA